CGACUUCACUGAACCGAGUGUUGACCACUUGAUGUCCGGUCCCGCGUGUAGUCUUCCGUGGGCUCUCCAAUGCUUCACACGUGAACACCAUCGUUGUAGUUUUCGUCGUCGUUCGCAUCGUCCGCGACGUCGUCGUCGCAUCGUUCGUGCUUUUAACCAUUGCUAUGCCGCGAGACAGUUGUUGUUUUUGUUGUUGCUCUUGACGUUCGGUCGCAUCGGAAUUCGAAAUUCAAAAAAGUCCAGCUAUCAAGUGGUCCACCAUCAUUGGCGCUGAGUGCGGUGCAGGUAAUGUGCCUGAUUCCUGUGUCGAGAUUAAUUUGUUGCAACUUUCUUCCGGAUGAACUGCAGCAACAAGUGAGUAGGUAAUUGAGCGAAGUCGCAACGCAAUGAGUGCUCUUGCUCUGACUCUGUCUCUACCCCUGCCCCUGCCCCUCCGCUGUGCUGCUUAAAACAAAAGAUUCAAUCUUACAAAAAAAUUAUAUUCGUUUUGUACGUGAUUUUGAUGGGAAAAAAAUAAUAAAGUUAUACUGCAUUUACGAGGUGCGCUACGCCGCAAAGCCGCUGCUGCCGUUGCUUCAAAACAUCAGAGAUCAGAGUGCAAAUUCACAAGCGCCACGAUAACCAAGUGAAUAACGGUAUAGUUCGGUGUUUUGUAAAUAAAAGUCAGUGCAUCAGUGACCAGUGAGUGCUUAAAAUUGUGUGCGAUACAAAGGAAUACAAUCGCCAUUGAAAGUUUACAGCUCUUUAAAGCUUAAAUUUCCCAAAUGAAUAGAUGAAUGUGAAACCAAGAACGGAUUAAUAAAAAUUGUGCAUUCAUUCUAGGAAUUUUGAUUGUGCUCCUCCACCCACCUGAAAGAUGACAGUAAAGUAAAACACAAUAAAGUAUCUGUCUACCUAGGCGAGAUCGGAGAAAAACACAAAUAGAAGCUGUGUCGGUGUGGAGCAGUUAUGAUAACAAAGCUACGAUUUUAUCACCUGAGAAAAAAUAUUUCAUAACGAAAACAGCAAAGAGAUACAAUCGUAAAACAAAAAACCUACAACAACAAAAAAUUAUAUACUCAUUUGAAUGAGUUGAAGAUACAAAUUUGUAUCUUUUUUACUCCACACGUGUAAAUACUAAGAUUGGAGAUUUAUCAAAUAAUUUUGUACUACUCGACGACGAAAUGAAUUAUUAUUUUUAUGUUUUGUUACCUUUUUACCAAAAAACAUAAUUUUCAAUCACAAAUAAUUUAAGUGUGUGCCAAGUGUUUUAAGUUUGCGUUCUUAUUAAAUUAAAAUAAUAUUGUUGAGUUUAUUUUGUACAUAAAACAGAGAAAAGCAAACAAAAAAAGAAGUUAAAAAUGGCCGAAUUGGAUAUCAGUGGUAAUAGCAUACAGCUGGACUGUAGUGUGGACAGUGGAAUAUGUGUUGAGGGUGUAACAAAGGAUCUUAAGAAGAAAAUCCAGGAAUUCAAAAGGAUUCUAUUUAUACUCGAACGAGACAAAGAAGCGAUGCGAUUACUCAGAGAACGACUGAGCCGCAUCGCAGAACGCAAUAUAAACAAGAAGAAAAAAGAUGGCCAAUCUGUGUGCAAUGUUUGCUUCACACAAAUCGAUACCGAUGAUUCAAAAACAUGCGUAGCGUGUUAUUCAUGUGCCAAAAAUGUUUGCCGGGGUGAAAAAUGCUCCGAAUGGGUCCCACACGAUGGCGAAUGGAGAUGUCAGUUGUGUGCCGCCCAGAGGGAUUCCUAUGGCAAGGCAUCCACAUGGGUGCAGGAACAGCAGGCUGUGAAGAGGGCCAGUUUGACGGAGUGUUCUUAUCCGAUGCGUGCAAGGAGUGAAAUAUACAUUCCACUGUGUGAUCCCAAUGAAUCAGCGUUUUUAUGUAAUUUUGAAAGUGUAAGCGAGGUCGCAUCACCAAUUAAUCCAAACCAAAAACAGCACAUCCGGGAGUAUAUUGAGGAGGUGUUGGCUGAGAUGAUUGGGGGAUCUUUGGGAAAUUCAACAGUGGAGCAGAUUUCUACAAACAAAGACUACAUCAGACUUUUUGAUAAAUUUCAUGAAAAUUUAAGUCGACAUUUUAUUGUGCUAGAACAUUUUUUAUAUCGAUCCUUUGAAGACCAACAAGUCAGAAGUGGGCAUGAGCUUCAGGGCGUAUCAAAUGUGAGGCUUCGACGACUAAUUGAGAGUAUAAUUGCCGAAACAAUUCGUCAGCCUCCAUUUGCAUCGGCGGGCUUGAUAACAACAACAAGUGCAAUUGAUUCGAGUGAUAUUGAUCAUGGUGGUGAGAGUUUACCAUUGAACGGAAAUGCAAAUCACUGUAAUGGAAAUGGUGGACAAUAUUUUGAAUCAAAGCAAUAUCAUGAUUUGCUGGCAACUGCUGUCCUAAAUAAGAUUGUCAAUACUCAUGGAAAUGGAAGACUCUCAGAAAGCAGCCCUGACUUAACGUCCUCGUCAGUCUUAGAUAGCAAUCACAAUGCUAUCAAUCUCAAUAAAACAGAUGAAAGUGUUUCUUCCAGUAGCUCAGUAGAACCAAGAAGUGAAAGCAGUUUAACAGAUCCUAUUCGCAGUAUCAAUAAAGAUGAAGAUGGUAAUUUUGGUAAUUUUUAUCAUGAUGAUGUUGCGAAUGAUAACAUUGAAGCCGAUAGAGAAUCUGUUCUUAGUGACUUUAUCUCUUCGCACAUGGUACCGCUGCCACAUAUUUCAGCUGAGCCAGCAUCCGAAGAAGAUGAAGACGAAGAAGAUUAUAUAUCGGUGGCAUCUAGUCGUGACGCAAAUUGGGAGGACAAUUGGCUAUUCAAAAAGAAGAAAUCCAACAAAACUUCUUCUUCCAGCGUUGGCAUGCUAGUACCAGCUCCAAAAGAAGAUAUCCGAGCUUUGAUUGGAGACAAGCCAACCGAUGAAGUUAGUGAUCUAUCUGAAAUCGGUUCGGACACUGAUGAUUCGUCCCUGGAAAUGAUAAGUGCCAGUUUGGAACCUCUCAAUGAUAGACUCGUGAAUAAACAUUUGAUUGGUGGAAAGAAUACAAAAAUCGUACUCGAUGAACUUGUCGACCGAACAAGUAUGAUUUCGACGUCUUCUCUACCUGAUAAUGAACCGCCAUAUACUGAAACCAAAAAUGAAUUUGUGGUAAGCAACGAUGGACUCAACGAAUCACAAUCUUUGAAGAUAUCUGUAAAUAAUUGCAAUAAAGCCAUAAGCAAUGAAGCAAUCAAUUCAAAUGUUACAAAAGCUAUUCCCGCAAAAGUUGAGAAACUAACGAAGGAAGGUCAAGUUACAGAAGAUGAGUCCAUUGUUCCGCCUCCAAAUGAUUUUACCGAUGACGAGAAAAUGCGUAACUUACUGGCUAAAUUUAAUGAAGAACAACACAAUAAAACGGACUCAGGAGAUGAAAACUCUUCGUCUAUGUCACCACGUUCAUCGAUAAGCUGUGCUUUAUCAGAGUCGUUUGUGUUUUCAGCGGGAAUCGAAAGAGCUGAAUUGGACGCUUACGAAGGCAUUACUGAUUUCUCUGUUGAAGACGAAGAAGGCCCGGCCUCUGAAAUUGACCCAGAAAUGGCUGAGAACUCAUCUCGGAGACCAUCGGUUAUUGAGAUUUUAGCAGCUAUUGCCCUGGGACCAAUGUUAGCUGUUUCAGCCUCUGAUGAUCGGAAUAUACUGACUGAGCUUGAAUUGAGUUCUUUAAUGGAGCUAAAUGAGCUGGCUAUGGCUCAAAUGAGUGCUAAAACUAAUGAAGAACGAAGACUGGGAGUAAUUGCUGAAGAAUCUUUCGACACUGGUCCUGGAGAUGACCAUAAGAUAGAAUCAAUUGAAUGCAAUGAAGAAGCUGAUUUGCUGAGCUCACCUAAAAUGGUUAUGGAUGCGAUAAGGGAACUUGUAGGUAAAGAUCUAAUGAGAUCAGUACAAAGUGAAGAAAGUUCAAUUCAAAUUGAAGAAAUUACCGACGAUUCUAUCAAUACUGAAGAAAUUGGCCAACAAAACAUAUUAAAUGAACCUGCAGAAUCAGUUAAGAACUCUGAAGAACAAACAAGCCAAGCGCAGUUGGAAAUUGAAGAAACUUUUGAAAUCCUUCCUGUUGAACAGGAAUUGAAGGAAGGUAUGGUGCACUGUCAGACAGAAACCGAAGAAGACAUGCAGCAAGGACAAUCAGAUGCAAAGAUGGCUGAUAGCGAGUUAGAACAAUCUCAUAUGUAUGUAAUUAAAUCAAAUGAUGAUGAAAAUGGUAUAACAAUAAACAGUCUAUCCGAAGAUUUUGGUUUUGAAAAAGUCAUACCUGACGAUACAAGCAGUAUAUCAGAUGAAUCUUUGCAUACUAUUGGAUCAUCAUCAGAAUAUUCUGACGAUGGCGAUACAACCUCCUUUUUUAUUGAUGAACACAAAAUCUCAGUUACAGCUGAAAUGUCUACUGAUCAGAAACUACAGGAAAAAAUUGCAGAAAAUCAAUCAAGUGAAAGCGACAAAACUGUGAAUGAAUUUAUUUUACCUCCACCUACAGCAUUUUGUGAUAAGGAAUCAAAAAAACAUGAUGAAGAUGAUGGUGGUAGUGAAAAAGAUCAAGUGAUAGAAGCGCACAUUAAUUCUGAAACAAUACAAGAUAUAAUUCUAAUAACUUCCGAAAACAGUAACAAUGAAAUCGAAAAAACCGUGACUGAAGAAGAAACGCACAAUGAAAAACCCUGUACCGAAAUAGAACUGAACGAAAAUACUCAAUCUGUCCCAAAAAUUGAAAUUGUUGAAAUAUCAACAUCAGAAACUAAUAAGUCAGACGAACCACCUGAUAAAGAGGCUUUAGACGACACUCUACCCAAAACUGAAGCAGAACUUGUAUCUUCAAUAGAAACAGUCCAAAGUGAAUCCACACUAGAUUCUGAAAUUAAAGAUGAAACAAAAUGUAAUCAGAACCUAGUGAAAAUUAGUCAAGAAAAAGUAGUUCCAAAUAUUGAUGAACUAACUGAAGAGAUACUAGAAGAAAAAUCCCAACAAAUAAUUGUAGAGCAAACUGCUUCCACAGUUACAAAUGAACCAGCAGCCUUAAAAACUCUAUCUGAAGCUCAACUAGCUUUACUAGAAUUAAAUUCUAAAAUAUUGAAUGUGGAAGAACCGAUAGUACCAAUUAAUUCUCAACAGAUUACUGAAAAGACCUUUAAUGAUUCCCAGGAGUUAGAAGAAAUCAAGAAUGUAUCAACACCAGAAGAAUUUCCACAUAAAGUACAAUCUAAUGAACAACAUGUAAAUGAUGAAGCAAAUGAAAUUUCUGAAGAAAUAACCUCUAUCCAAGCAGAUGGAAUUUCUGAAGUACAAUCAAUCGAAGAAUCACCAAAUGAACAAAAAAUUAUUCUUAAAGAUGAAAUAAUUGACACUGUUAGUGAAAGUCUUAAUAAUAAUUCUGCUUCCGAAAUAAUUGAUUUAGUGGAAUUAAAACACCAAGAAACUUCUAAGAAACAAUCUGAAGAAAACAUUUUCGAAGUAACGAUUCAAGUAAAUGCAACAGAAACCACAACUACUGAAGAUAUAAGAGUAUUGGUAGAUGAUACAUCAAAGACUGAAAUUAAAGAAAAUCCCGAGGCUGAAGACCUGUCAUCUGAAGCAAAGUCCAGUGAACCAACAGAAAAUUUAAAAAGUGAAGAAACUGACCCCAAAAUUAUUGAAGAAAAAGGUAAUGAUGUUAUUGUUGAAGAAAUCGUUCCUUUAAUAGAAACAUCACCUGAUUCACAAAACAUCGGUGAACUACUUACAAAUUCUUCAAUUCAACCAUCAGACGAAAAAGCGUCAAAGUCCGAAGAUGUAAUUGUAGACACUAUAACUGAACCAAUAAAAGGGGCACAGAUAGAUGAUAUCAAUGCAAAACUUUUAAAUGAAGUUUCAGCUGACGCAGUUCCUAUAGCUAAUGUUGAAUCUACACCAAAAAUAGAAGAUUCGCUUAUUAAAGAUAAUUGGAUUCCUGAAAAAAAUAAGCAAGACACAGAAGAAGAUGAACAAUCACAGAAAAAAAUAAUAUCUCAAGAGCAAGAGUCAUUAAAUGCAGAAAUUGUGAAUUCUCUUGAUAGUGGUACUAAAUUGCCAGAAACUAACAUCGGAGAAUCUAUAUUAAGUGAUAGAAAAGAAGAUUCUGAAAAACCAUCUUCCGAGACAAUUGAGAAUGAAAAGAAACCAGCUGAUGAAGAAACGUCUCCUCAAACUGAGUCUUCAAAUUCAGAAGAACCUCAAACUGUUGAUAUUGCUUCUGUUGAAUCAGUUGUCCAGAUAAAAAGUAUUAAUGAAACAAAGGAUCAAAACGAGGGUGAACAAGCUUCUAUUUUAGUUCCAACGGAUGGAGGAAAUAUAAAUAAGAUUGAAAGUUUUCCAAAUGACUCAUUGAACGACGCAACUAAUUUAGAAGAAAAUCUAGAGUCACAUAUACAAACAAUUGACGCUGUUGUUAAUGAAGGGUCACAAUCUGAAAUUACACUUACUGUUCAAGCUUCAUUUGAACCAUCAAAUGAAGAGCCCUCUGAAACAAAUGCAAUCCAAGACUUGGAAUCACAUAAAGCUGAAGAUGUUAACAAUAUUUCACAAAACGAAUCCGCUCAAAAUGUAAAUGGUCAGCAAAGUGAAUUAUCAAAGAAACUUAGCAAUGAAGACUUAUCUGAUAUUGGAGUAGUAGAAAAAGAAGACAAGGAGAUAUCCGAAAUUGAAAAUUUACAAGUUAAACUUCAUGUUGACGAAGCAGAAAAAUCUCCUGUAACUCUAUUGGAAUCGAUGAAUGUUGAUGAAUCCAAUUUGGAUAAAGAUGAACAAAAAUGUGAAGAAUCGUUAUUACCAAUACAACAGAAGGAAGUUUUAAACCAGGGCCUUUCUGAUGUUACAAAUAAAAAUUUAGAAGGCCAACAAUCACAAAAUAUUCAAACUACUGAUAAUAAGACUGACGAUGACAAACAAGUUGAAAUUGAAAAACCAAAUCUAACUGAGGAUGAAAAUAUAACCGAAAAUGUAACAAGCAAAGAGGAAAAUCCUGAUAAUCAAAUUCAAGAAAAAUCUGCAGUUGAAGCAGGUACUACUGAUUUGCUAAGCACACCGUCUAAUGAAGAAGUAAAAAAAGCAGAAAAAGUUGAAAAUAUUACUGACGAAAACUUACAAGUAUCUACUAAUUCUAUUACUAAGGAAUCGGAUUCAAUUACAGGAGACGCAAACGAUGAAAACGCUAAUGUCUUAAAAAAAGAACAUCCAAUUGAAAUUUCUGAAAAAUUAAAACAUGAAGAAGAACAAAUGCAACAAACUGAAACUGACGGAGUUAAAAAGCCAUUAGACGACCUUGAAAGUCCUGAAAAAAUUGAAGCGUUAUCAACCGUAAACGUUUCAGAUCCUGAGUCAAUGAAUACAGGAAUAGUUCAAGGUGAAACAGAAGAAAAAGAAGAAACAUCAGGAGAACUUAAAGACAAGCUAGUUAAAGAAAUAAAAGAAUCUUUAUGCAAUGAUACGCAAAUUAAAAGUGUUGACGUUGAACAAUUAGAGAAAGAUGCCGAAGAGGUGGUUAAUGAUUUUAAUUCUAAUACUUUAGAAGCUUUGCCAUCAAAUGACGAACAAAAUUUGACUGAACCAAAUGCUGCAAAAUCAAUGUUAGAUAAUGCUGAUGUAUCUACAGAACCAAAUAAGAUGGAAUCGGUUGCCGAUACCGCUAGUACCGAAGAACAAUGUGUGUCUUCAUCUACUGAAGAAAAAGUUCACAACAUUGAAUCUAGUGAAACAAACACUGAGCAAAUUCAAAUGAAGGUGGUUACUGAAGAUUCAAAAACAGAAAUAUCAACUCCAAAAACUGCCUGUGAAGAUCCUACUAUUGAACCAGCGGAUCUUAAAUCUGAUACGGUUUCAAGUGUUGAGAACAAUGUUAGAGAUCUGAAGAUCGAAGGACCUAUGACUAUGCCUAAAUGUACCAACGAUGAAACAGAUGCAACAUCAGCUUCUGAGUCUAAAUUUGAAGUAAAAAUUGAGAAACCAGAAGAAAACGCAUUAACAGGAGAAAAUAAAGAAUCUUCACCAGCAGACGUUGUUGCAAAAGAACCAAAAGUUGAGCACAUUCAAAUUGAAGUGGUUAGUACGGACUCAAAAACUGAAGUAUCAACUCAAACAAAUGCCUGUGAAGAUCCUACUAUUGAACCAGCGGAUCCUAAAUCUGAUACGGUUUCAAAUGUUGAAAACAGUGUUGCAGAUCGGAAGAUUGAAAAACCUGUAACAAUGCCUAAAGAUUACAAUAAAGAAAUAGAUGAAACAGCAGCUUCUAGUUCUGAAGUUGAAGUAAAGGUUGAGAUAUCAGAAGAAAAUGCAUUAACGUCAGAAAAUAAAGAAACUUCAACAGCAGACGUUGUAACAAAUAAAACAAAAGUUCACAUUCAAAAGGUUGACAUUGAUUCAAAUCAACAAACAAGUGAGCUAGAAAACCUACAAAUAAAUUCUAAAGCUCAAUCCAAAAUUAAAAAUUCUGAAAGUACAGAAAUAACAACUGAUCAAAAAACCUAUGAAAAGUCUACCUGCACCGAUCCCGAAACUGUAGAACCAGAAAUUGAAAUACCAGAAAUAAAAAAAAGUCAAAUUAAAGAAGCUGAUAAAGAAGAAAACACAUCCAAACCUAACGAUCAAACACUAAUUUUAGAAGACUCUAGCUGUACUGAAAUUUCUUCAGAUGAAAAAGAAUGUCAGGAAACGGAUCAAAUAAAUACUGAAUUGGAGCAAGCUAAGGAAACUCUUAGAACUGAAGAAUCAAAUUGUAAUACAGGAACAUUUAUCUCAGAAGAAACAAUUUCUACCGAAGAUAUUUCCGAAAAGAAAAAAAAUCACACUGUCAGACAGAAUGCAAUUGAAGAACAGCCAGAAAACAAUAGCAUAGAUUCUAAAGUAGAAGAUAAUAUCCAAAUAUUGACUUCGGAAGAACCUAUUGCUGCUAAAGAUCUUUCAGAGGAGCAAGGAAGUGAAGAAAGCAAACAGGUAGCUACUGAAAGUGAUGAAGACGUUGACAAAAAUGCUGAAUAUCAGGAAGAAGGAACUUUUAUUCCAGUUGUUGAACCAAAAGAAGAGCUACCAGAAAACAAAUCAGAUGAAACUGUUUCUACAAACGAAAUCUCGGAAAAAGAUGAACUUACUAAAGUUGAAGGAAUCAUAGAAGUGAUAGACAAAUUAAAUCAAGAAUCUGGACAAAUAUGUCAAGAGCCUGGACUAGAUAAAGAUUUGCAAGUGCAAGAAGAAAUACCAAACAAAGAUGAAAAAGUCGUUGGAGAGGACAAAUCUGGUGAGACACAGAAAUCCGAAGAAACUGAAGGAAAAGUAAUUGCAUUGGAUGCACCUGUAGAAGAAUCAACAUCUCUGAGCUCACCUAUUGAUUCUGAAGAUACCUCAUCAUUGAAAAUUGAAAUUGAGAAGCAAGUCAAACUAGUAUCUGAAUCAACUACCAGUGCUGAAAAAAUGGAAGAAGUACUUAAUGAAAAUGAAAACAUCAAUAAAAUAGUACUAGUUGAAGAAAAUGCUGAUAAACUAAUUUGCGAAGUAGCACAUGAAAUUCAAUUGGAAGAAAUUUGUGUAGUUGCAGAUACAUCAGAACAAUUAACCCUAGGACAAGAUACUGGAGAUAUCAAAGACGCAGUGAUACCGAUACCAGAAGUACAAAUUUCAAAUAAAGAAGUUAAAGUAGAAACGCAAAAUUAUGUCGUAGACGUUGAUGACUUGACUUUGAGUACUGAUGAUGAAAAAAUAAGGUCAAUCCUCAGCGAAAGUGAAUUGACUCUCAAAACUGAUGAUGAAAAAAUAGAAGACAUUCUGGUUGUUAAAAGUAAAUCUACUAAUGAAGCAACUGGUGACCAAACAGCUGUAGAAGAAAUAAGUUUAAGUACACAAGGAUCUGUACCUGAGAAUAAGGAUUUGUCUAUACCCUUAGAGCGAGUAGAUGAUGCAAGAGAAACUGCUACGAUUCUCUUAGAUGCCAUUCAAAAAGAAGUCAACUCUGAAAUAGAAACGACAUUAUCGAGUGAAACAGAACCUCAAACAGCUAUUGAAAAUAAUGAAGAAAAAGUAGUUCAAAAUGGAGUAGAUGCAGAAAAGAUAGUCAAAAGUGAAACUGAACCUAACAUCAUUUCUGGCUCAGAAAUGAUAGCAUGUAGUGAAACUGUUGAAAUAAUUGAAGAUAAGGAAGUUCCAAAGGAAAUCAUCUCAGAGGCAGAAACAAUAAUAACAAAUGAAACCGAAUCUGAAGUUAAAGUCGAAAAUGUUGAGGAUAACACAGUUCAAGACGAAAUAAGACCUGAUACAGAAAGCAUAUUAUCAGGUGAAAUCAGAGAUAAGGCAGUUGAAUUUGAAAGUUCAAAUGCAGAAACGUUAUCAUCAAACGAUACCGAAACUGAAGUAACUACAGAAAAUGUUGAAGACAAGACAACUCAAAACGAAGUCCGACCUGAAACAGAAUCUCAAACAAAUAUAGAAAAAGUUGGAGAUCAAGACGUGCAAAAUGAAGGCAGUCCUGAUGCAAGCACAACAGUCUCAAAUGAAAUUGAAUCAGGUGUUAGUAUUCAAACAGUUGAAGAUAAGGAAGUUCCAAAGGAAAUCAUCUCAGAGGCAGAAACGAUAAUAUCAAAUGAAAUUGAAUCUGAAAUUAAAGUGGAAACCAGAGAUAAGGAAGUUCAAUCUGAAAUUUCAAAUGCAGAAACGUUAUCACCAAACAAUACCGAAACUGAAGUAACUAAAGAAAAUGUUGAAGACAAGACAACUCAAAAUGAAGUCUCACCUGAAACAGAAUCUCAAACAAAUAUAGAAAAAGUUGGAGAUCAAGACGUGCAAAAUGAAGGCAGUCCUGAUGCAAGCACAACAGUCUCAAAUGAAAUUGAAUCUGGUGUUAGUAUUCAAACAGUUGAAGAUAAAGAAGUUCCAAAGGAAAUCAUCUCAGAGGCAGAAACGAUAAUAUCAAAUGAAAUUGAAUCUGAAAUUAAAGUGGAAACCAGAGAUAAGGAAGUUCAAUCUGCAAUUUCAAAUGCAGAAACGUUAUUAUCAAUCAAUACCGAAACUGAAGCUACUACAGAAAAUGUUGAAGAUAAGGCAAAUAAAGAUGAAAUCCAACCUGAAACAGAAUCUCAAACAAAUAUAGAAAAAGUUGAAGAUCAAGUCGUCCAAAAUGAAGGCAGUCCUGAUGCAAGUACGACAGUCUCAAAUGAAAUCGAAUCUGGUGUUAGUAUUCAAAUAGUUGAAGACAAAGAAGUCCCAAAGGAAAUCAUCACAGACACAGAAAGAAAAAUAUCAAAUGAAACCGAAUCGGAAGUUACAGAAGAAAAUGUUGAAGACGAAGUAAGUCUUAAUAGAGAAACUACAUUAUCAAGUGAAACCGGAGAUAAAGCAGUUCAAAAGGAAAGUUCUAAUGCAGAAACGGUAUCCUCAAACGAUGCCAAAGCAGAAGUAACUGAAGAAAAUGUUGAAGAUAAGUCAAUUAAAGAUGAAGUCCAACCUGAAACAGAAUCUGAAAUAAAUAUUGAAAAAGUUGAAGAUCGAGUCUUCCAAAAUGAAGGCAGCCCUGAUGCAAGUACGACAGUCUCCAAUGAAAUCGAAUCUGGUGUUGGUAUUAAAAUAGUUGAAGACAAAGGAGUCCCAAAGGAAAUCAUUAGAGAGACAGAAACAAAAAUAUCAAAUGAAACCGAAUCGGAAGUUACAGAAGAAAAUGUUGAAGACGAAGUAAGUCUUGAUAGAGAAACUACAUUAUCAAGUGAAACCGGAGAUAAAGCAGUUCAAAAGGAAAGUUCUAAUGCAGAAACGGUAUCAUCAAACGAUGCCGAAGCAGAAGUAACUGAAGAAAAUGUUGAAGAUAAGUCAAUUAAAGAUGAAGUCCAACCUGAAACAGAAUCUGAAAUAAAUAUUGAAAAAGUUGAAGAUCGAGUCUUCCAAAAUGAAGGCAGCCCUGAUGCAAGUACGACAGUCUCAAAUGAAAUCGAAUCUGGUGUUGGUAUUAAAAUAGUUGAAGACAAAGAAGUCCCAAAGGAAAUCAUCAUAGAUUCAGAAACGAAAAUAUCAAAAGAAACCGAAUCGGAAGUUACAGAAGAAAAUGUUGAAGACGAAGUAAGGCUUGAUACAGAAACCACGCUAUCAAGUGAAACCGGAGAUAAAGCAGUUCAACAGGAAAGUUCUAAGGGAGAAACGGUACCAUCAAAUAAUACCGAAUCUGAAGUAACUAUAGAAAACAUUGAUGAUAAACCAAUUCAAGGUGAAGUUCUUUCUAAUACUGAAAUUGAAUCUCAACCAUAUUCAGAAAAUGUUGAAGAUCAAGCCGUUCAAAAAGAAGACACUUUUGCUACAAAAGCGAACGAAUCUGAUGUUAAUAUUAAACAAUUUGAAGAUAAAGUUGUUCUAAAGGAAAUCAUCUCAGAGCCAGAAAGUAUAAUACCAAAUGAGACCGAAUCGGAAGUUACAGAAGAAAAUGUAGAAGGUAAAGCAGUUCAAGACGACGUAACACCUAAUGCAGAAAUUACAUUAUCAAGUAAAACAGAAGAUGGGGCUCCUAAAAUUGCAAAUCCUACAGCAGAGGCUGCAUUAUCAAACGAUAAAGAAUCUGAAGUAGCCACAGAAAAUGUUGAUGAUAAAACAAUCCAAGACAAAAUCCCAUCUGAAACAGAAUUUCAAACACAUAUGGAAAAGGUUGAAGUCCAAGCCGUUCAAAAUGAAAACAGUCAUGAUGCCAGAAUGACAGUCACAAAUGAAAACAAAUCUGAUGUUAGUAAUGAACAAGUUGAAGUCAAAGUAGUUCCAAUGGAAAUCACCUCUGAGCCAGAAACUACAAUAUCAAAUGAAACUGUGUCUAAAGUAACUUCAAAUGAAAAUGUUGAAGAUAAGGUAGUUCAAGACGACGUUAGACCUGAUACAGAAACUACAUUAUCAAGUAAAACCAAUGAUAAAGCUUUGCCAAAUGAAGUAACAACAGAAAAAGUUGAAGAUAGAGCAAUUCAAGACGAGGCCAGAUCUGCAACAGAACCUCAAAUAUAUUCUAUAAAAGUUGAAGAUCAAGCCAUUGAAAAUGAAAACAGUCCUGAUGCAAGAACAACAGUCUCAAAUGAAAGCGUUAAUAUUGAACAAGUGGAAGACAAAAUAGUUCCGAAGGAAAUCAUAACAAACCAAGAAACCACAAUAUCAAACAAAACUGAAUCUGGAGAAACUUUAGAAAAAAAUAUUGAAGAUAAAGCAGUUCAAGACGACGACGUAAGAAUUAAUACAGAAACUACAUUUUCAGGUACAACAGAAGAUAAGGCUCUUCAAAAUAAAGGUCCUUCUGCAGAAACUACACUACCAAACGAUACCGAGUCUGAACUAAAUACAGACAAUGUUAAAGAUAAAGCUAUUCAAGACGAGGUCCCACCUGAAACAGAAUCUCAAAUACCUACAAAAGAAGGUAAAGAUCAAGUCACUCAAAAUGAGAACAUUCUUGAUGCAAGAACGAUGCUUCCAAAAGAACGCGAAUCUGAUGUUGGUAUUGAAGAAGUUGGAGAGAAAGUAAUACCGAAGGAAAUUGUGUCAAAUCCAGAAACUGUAAUAUCAAAUGCAACCGAAUCUGAAGUAACUUCAAAAGAAAAUAAUAAAAAUAAUAAUGUUCAAGACGAAGUUCAACCUGAAACAGAAACUAUUUUAUUAAGUAAAACAGAAUCUCAAAUAACUCCAGAACAUGCUGAAGAUACAACCGUUCAAGACGAAGUCCACCCUGAUGCAGCAACUACAUUAAUAAAUAAAGUACCUACAGAGCAUGUUGAAGAUAAAGCAUUGCAAGCCGAAGUCCUUCCUGAUUCAAAAACUACAUUAUUAAGUGAAACCAUAUCUCAAAUACCUACAGAAACAGAUGUUGAAAUGACAGACUCAAAUGAAACUGAAUCUUUAAUAGUUGCAGAAAAUGUUGAAGAUAAAACCGAAUUUGAGGUAACUACAGAAAACGUUAAAGAUGAAAUAGUUGCAAAGGAAAUUAUCUCUGAUCCAGAAAACAUUAUAUCCCUUGAAACUGCGCCUGAAGUUUCUAUAGAGAUUGUUGAAAUUAAAGCAGAACGCGACGAACUUAUUCCUGAUGUAAGAACGACAGUAACAAAUGAAACCGAAUCUCAAAUAUCUACAGAAAAUGUUGAAGAUAAAACUGUUCAAAGCCAAGUUAGCCUUGAUGUUGAAACGGCAGUAUUAAGUGAAAUCGAAUCUGAAGUAAUUACAAAAAAUGUUGAAGAUAAAACUGAAAAUGAAGCAACUGUGGAAAAUGGUGAAAAUAAAACAGUUGAAAACGAAAUUAGGACUGAUGCACAAACGACAUUAUCAAGUCCAAUUGAAUCUCAAAUUUCUACAGUAAAUGUCGAAGAUAAGGCAGUUCCAGAGGAUAUUCCUCAUGUAGAAACGGUACUAUCCAACAAAAUCGAACCUAAAAAUACAGCAGUUUUUGAGGAAAUUAUCUCUGAGCUAGAAACGAAAAUAUCAAAUGAAACCGUACCUGAAAUACCUCCGGAAAAUGUUGAAACUAAGAUAGAUUCAAACCAAGCACUUCUUGAUUUCGAAACCACUAUACCAAGCGAAAAUGAAACUGAAGUAACUACAGAAAUAGUUGAAGAAGAAAAAGUUCAAAAGGAAAUAAUCUCUGAGCCAGAAACAAUAAAAUCAAAUGAAACUGUACCAAUAAUACCUAUAGAAAAUGUUGAUGAUAAAACUAUUUUGAAUGAAGAAAGUCCUGGAGCAGAAACGACUCUAUCAAGUGAAACCGAAUCUAAAAUACUUACAGAAAAUAUACAAGACACAAAAGUUUCAAAUGAAUUAAAUCCUGAUGGAGAAACGACUGUGUUAAAUGAAACGGUAUUAAGAAUAGAAACUGAUAAUGUUGAAGUGAAAAUAAUUCAAAACGAAGUCAGUCUUGAAACCGAAACAAUAAUGUUAAAUACACCGGAAUCUAAUAUGCCUACGGACAAAAUUGAAAAUAUUAUUGUUCAAGAAGAAGUUAGCCUUGAGGCAGAAAAAAUAAUACCAAACGAAAGCGAAUCUCAAAAGCCUGCAGCUAUCCAAGAAGAAAGUUCUAAUAUUGAAAAAAUUUCAGAAAUUGUUCAAUCAGAUACAACUCUUGAAGCAUUAGAAUCAAAACCUGAAUUUUCAAAAGAUGAUUUAGAAUUGAAAGAUUCGUCAGUUUCAAUAGAAGAAAAGAAAGAUUGUUUAGAAAACGCUGAAGUACCUCUAUCUGAAAAAGAUGCUGAAGUAUCACAGACAAACAGCUCGAAAAACUUGGAAGAAACCCAAAGUGAAAUAUGUAUUGAGAAUCCAACAGAAAAUAUUGAUACUCAAUACUUUGAAAAGGAAGCCGAAUCGAAAGAUAUAAAAGAGCAAGAUUCUGAAGCAGACAAUUUAAAAGCGGACAUAAAUCCAAAAGAACAGAUAGAUACAACUGCAACAAACCAAGUUACCAAUGAAUUUCAAUCCUUAGAUGUCAAAAAUUCUAAAGACACAACUACUUUAGAUGAAGAGUUUCCUACAACUAAAGAACCUGAAAUACCAGGUGCAAAAAUAAGUACAACUGAAAUAACUGAAAUAACUGUUAUUGAGGAAACAAAUGAAAUGUCUAGUGUUGACCACAGAAAUGACUCAACUGAUCCAAAAACUCAAGGUGAGAUCAAACUAGAUUUAGGGAAUAUUAUAUCAACAGAAAAUGAAACUGAUAAAUCAUCUUUGAAAGAGGCAGAAAUCGAGGAGUCUGACGUUAAAAAUUAUGAAAAAAUUGAAACUGAAGAGCUUUCCACUGCAUCAGAAAAACAAGUAUCUGAUAAAGCAUCAAGUGAAGACAUUAAAGAAGACUCUACAUUUUUAGAUACUACUACAGCAGCUGCCGCAAAUGCAGAUAACAGAGAAAAGUUGGCUGCAAAUGUUUCCAAAUCACAAGAAAUUCAAGCAGAGACAAUAGAAUUUCAAAAUGAGCCCGUACAAAGCAAUGCGACAGUCUCAGAAAACAAAGAAAAUAAAGAACCACUUCAGGGUGCUUCAUUAUCCACUUCUGAAGAAAUAUCUGCUGAGAAAAAAUUGCAUACUAAAGAAGACCAAGAAAAUGAACCAAUUAUUGAAGAAACUUCUAAAAUCACUGAAGCAAGUGAUACUGGUAAAUUAACUGCUCCAACAAAAAUUAUUGAAGAAACUAAGGAUUUAACACUACGAUCUCAAGAACUAAAUAUUGACUCUAAACUUGAUUCAGUUCCAGAAGGAUAUGAUAUUAGCGAAACCAAUUCAGAAGAUUCUUUUGAAUCUGCAGUUGAGGAUGUCGAAAUCAUAUCAGAUCUUAAAAAAUCUACUUCAAUUUCUGAAAUCACAUCUAAAGCAUCUGAAACUGUUACUCUCGAAGAAUUAACAGAAGUUUGUGGGAUGCCAAAUGAAAUAGCAAAUAUUGAGCCAUCUUUAAUGAUCAAAAAUAAAACUGAAGUUUCUUUAAGCCAAAAUGAACCCAACAAAGAGUCAAACAUUUCUGUAAUUGAAGCAACCUUAGAUGACACCGCAACUGAACUUACUGCUUUACCUGAAUCUACAGAUUUACAAAAAUCUGAUUUUAUUGUAACUGAUGCGAUAGCUUUAACUGAAUCUAAGGAUAUAGAAAAAACCUCAAGUAUUGAAGAAACAAAUAUCACAGAAGUUGAAGGCAACCAAGUCAAAGGAGAAGAAAUUCAAAAUCAAGAAACCUCUCUUUCCGAAAUAGAGCUUGUUUCUGAUGGAACAGAGGAACUUAUUUCAAAACAAACUGAUAAUUUGGUAGGUGAUGUAGAAAAUUCGACAGAACAUUCAAAUUUUAAAUUAGACCUUAAAGAUUUAACGAAAGUAUCAGGAGAAAAAUCAGAACCAAAAGCUCAAGAAGUUCCAGAAGCUGCUGAACCAGAAACGCAAGAAGUUCCAGAAACUGUUGUAGCUGUGGAAACAAUUGAUCAAUUAAAACUUCAGAAUGAUUUAUCAGAACCAGAAAAUCAAGUUCAUAUUGAUUCAAUACAAGUCGAAGAGUCACCCACACAAAUAGCACUUUUAGAUUCUUCAGUACUAUUAGAAAGUGAAAUCAGCAUUAAAGAAGAGACAAAUGAUAAAGUUGAAUUAAAAAAAAGAGAAGAAAGUGUACCAAAAGAAGAGUUUUCUAAAAGCGAUGAACAAAUAGCAGAAGAAGUGAGUUUACCUAUUUCCAACCUAUCAACAGAACUUACAAUAACACAAGACUUUACUGCCAAUUCAAAUGACAAACAUAGUUCCAUAGUUGAAGAAGUUUCAAAUAAAUCAACUACGCAAAGGUCAAUUGCGGAAAAUAGUGAAGUAGUUAUUUUGGAAAUAUCGGAUGGAAAGAAUAAGGAGGAAGGAAAUGUAUCAAAAGAAGAGUUUUCAGUAAGUCAAGAAAAAACAGCAGAAGAAGGGAGUGGACCUAUUCCAAACUUACUAACAGAAGUAACCAUAACACAAGACGCACCUGUCAAUACAAUUGGUAAACCAAGUGAAAAAGCCUUAAUUGCGGAAAAUAGUGGAGUAGAUAUUUUGGAAAUAUCUGAUGGAACAACAAAUACAAUAAAAGAUACGAACAUAGCCGAAGAAACUAUAGUAGUUUCAACGUCUCAAGAAUCAGUUUUAGAUUCAAAAAAAGGAUUCGAAGUGAGAGAAGAAAUUAUAUCAAAAGGGAUAAUAAUUGAUGAAUCUUCCAAAUCUUUGGAAACAACGAACGAUAUUGAAAAUCAGACAGUUAUGGAUACUCAGAAUAAACCCUUAGAGGGAGAAAUAGUUGCUGAAACUAUUUCCGAGACAGAAAUUCUCCAAGGAGAAUCAAAUAAAGUGUCUGCUAAAGCUGACAACAUAGAAAACACAGUACCAAUCAAUAAAAGUGAUGAAGCACAAACAUCUGUAGAGGGGAUUUCGAUUACGGAAAUACCUCAACCAAUAAAAUCAGACGCACCCAACGAAAAUAUCCAAAUCCAAAAGACUUUUGAUACAUCAGAAGAACAAUCCUUGAAAUCAAUUAGUGGUGACAUUGCAACAGAAGAUAAACUAUCUGAAACCAUGACUGAACAAGUUGCCGAAGUCGUGGAAAUACCCCCAAUUGAAGUGUUGACAGCAACCUGCAAAAUCAUAACGCACCCACCACUGCAAAAAACAGAAUCUCUAAUUGAAUCCGCACAAUGCCUCUAUGAAGAAAUAUCACACCAAGUUCUGGAAACUAGUCCUGAAAUAAAUACCCCCACUCUCGCCGAGGAAUUAAGAAUGGCUGCUGAUAUAAAUGACACUAAAGAAUCGUCAAAAUCAGAACGUGUUAUCCCGCAAAGCAUAGCAUGUGAAAGUCGUUGCUUUACCCCCGAACCGCAACCUGAAGAAUCAAUUGCAAGCGAUUCUGUUGUUGCAACAGAACAACCGAACGCACAAGAUGCCGCCCAAGGUAAUCAUAUCAGCCAAGUUGCCAAGCAGCUUAUAUUUGCCGAACAAUCUGCGAAAAAAUCGAAAGCAAAACACAGUGGUAGUAGCAAAUUUCGGAAUUUAACACUCCGUGACAGACGCUUUUUAGCUGAAUUGGAAAAACGUCGAAAACAAAGAGAACUCAUUCAGAACUACUUAGAUUCUUUAGAUUGUACUGAUACCCAAAGUUAUCUUAACGAAGACUUGUACCUUUUUGAAAGUAAAUGUUCCAUAGAGCGAUCCCCUUAUAGUUUGUUUAUCGAACCAUCAGACUAUUGCAUUGUAGGCGCCACUAGUCCAUCACCAAUAGCCAAUACGCAUUUUCUAAAUACUAACAUUCUCUUCUCAGAUCGGAUAAGUUCUGAAUCAAAUUGUACAGACGAUAGCACAACAACGGUAAUCGAUACAUUCGGUUCGAUGGAGUCCCGAUCGAAUUCGGACUCUUCAGGCGAAGAGUUCAGCCCAGAUGAUUCGACUGACCGUGAUAGUUCUGCUACUGCUACCACUGCUAAUAACAGUAUUUUAACUACUACUAACAAAGCUACUAACCAAUCGCACAUUUAUUCACCACCACCACCACCACUACCACUGCAACCACAACCUGAGCUUAGAACAGAGUCAGCAUGUUCCAAGUUGCUUCAGACCCGGACUUCAACGGGGGGAAACGAGGAACAUGUUGAUGAUGAUCCAUUGAAACAUUUAGUACCAGGUUCGAUAGCAGAACGUGAAUACAAGAAAUGGUACAACGCGGUUGACAUGCCAAACAAUCCUUAUUCAGUGGAAGCUCUCAGGCGUAGACUGAGUGGAGGGCUUGAUCGAACUCUCGAUCUGCCCAAUAUCAGUCCGUGUAAUGAAGAUAACCCACUUCAACUUUCUGAAAGUCCAGCUCCAGAAGCAGAAACUAAAGGACAGGAAAGGGAUUAUUCAAGAUAUAGCAGAGACUACUACAUCAAUGAUGCUAAGCAGGCCAGUGGAACAACAAAGAAGAGUCCGACUUCACCGCCACAGGUUUCUUCACCAACUUCAACUGCAUCAUCAAUCGAGGUAAUUCGUAAUGGAUUUGAGAAUAGAAAUUCCAAAGAUUGGACCUUAUCCACUCCAGUUCGUCGAAGUACUUCUUUAAAAUAUCCCAAACAAUUUCGCUCUAGUGUUAUCCCUAAGACCCACAACGACAACACAAACAAUGAUGACAAUUACGAUGACGACGGUGACGGUGACGAUGACGACACAAUGUCACAAUACUCAUCGCGAAGUCUUCGAAUUAAAUCAAAACAACGAAUAUCUCCUAGUCCUAGUGUUUUAACACAUUUCGAGAAACAAUUAUUGCAUAAAGAUUUGAAACGCAAUAGUUUUCGUGCCAUUUCUUCAACGACCAAGGAUUUCGUUCUGAAUCCAAUUUUUGAUCAGAAUGAAUUUUUUAAAGAUACAAAAUUAUCUAUUCCCAAGGAUAGUAAUAAUUUAUCUGAUGGCGAUACUGCGGAUUCGGGGGUGGAUAGUUGUUUAAAUGGGGUAGCCGGCGAUGGCACUAGAACGAAUCUUGUAUUGGAUGAACGAGUAAAACACAAUUCACAGACUGUAGAAACAACACCCGUGAAAGAAAUGUGCCAUAAACUGGAGAAACAAUGCCGGAUAGAAGCUGACAUUUACUUAGCAACUCCAGUGCAGGUUAUCGAGGAUAUCGACGUACCCCAAGCAUUUGCCGAUAAGAAACCCAUUCAGACAGUUGGUAGGACGAUAACAACCUCACUUACUACAGAAGCUGUUAGCAGACUUUCUAGUGACACCAGUUCAAUUCUCACAAAUGAGAGUCUAACACCCAGUGAAGAUUCCGAUACCAUUCGUAUUUAUGAUCUGAAAAAGCAAGAAACACGACUCGUGAAGGAAACAACUCAAACAACAACAAUUACAGUGCCAAAAUCUCCAGAAAAGAAAGUUCGUCCAACAGAACUUGAUAUAAUGCCGACACUAGCACCACCAAUUGCCACAGUAUCGGCAAAGUGUUCCACACCAACUUCGUUUAAAUUCUUACAACCCAAAAGGAAGCUAAUUAAUCCUAGUCAAGUGCUGUCCAUUGACCAAGAUAGCACCCCUUUAACGCCAUCUACCCCAGAAAAAACAGUUAUUGAGGCCGAAGUUGUCCAUGCAAUGCCAUCAGUUAAAGCCUUGGCAAAGGCCUUCCUUAUGACUUCAUCAACUUCAUCAUCGGAUAACAAAUGGCGCAAGGUAAGUGUGCUUAACCGGCUACAAGGACCAGAAGCAGGAAUAUCAAAUUCUUUUGUUAAGGCCCGCGCAAAAACACCCAUGCAGUUCUUCAAACCCACAACGCCAACUGCAACAUCAGCGGCAGCGGGAACUUCAACAAUAGCAGCCAGUUUUAACAGAGGCAUUCAAAAGCAACCAGAACCAGUAAUUCCAGAUACAACUAGUCAAGGAUCCGAGGACGCAACAAUUGCUUCCGAUUUAUCGUCACUCGAAACAGAUCCACCAUCAAGAAUUGACGGCGAUACUUUAGAUGAAGACAGAGUUGUUCUAUCAGGAUGUUUGAGAAAUAAUAUUGCUUUCUUUGAGAAUUUAAAGAAUAAGUAAAUAUUUAUGUUUAUGGGAUGAGGACUUAUUGUUAAGUCUGAAUCGGAUUGGUUAUAAAGCCUGUGUACUUAGGAUUUAUGUUUAGGUAUCUUCAUACAAAUUCAAAACAAUGAAGAUAUUUUGAAGCUUAAAUAAAAAAAGAAGUAAUAUAUUAUUACAAUAACAUCCUGUAGAAAAAGUAUUUUAUAUAAACACAAACAUAUAUAAAAGAAAAGAAAACAAUAACCAAAAUAAAAAAUGUAUUAGUGCCAUUGGAAUAUUAUUUUAUGAUGAAUAUUAUAAAUUAUGUGCCCUAUUAUGUCAAUUUUAUAUACCUUAAUGUAUCUAACCUAUAUAGAUAUUAACUAAAAUGGAGAUCAUUAUUUAUUUUGUAUACCAAAGAUGAUCGCCAAAAAAUUAUGCCUUCAAAAGGCGCCAAAUAGAUCAAAAUGUUAAAUUAAUAGUCUUAAAAUGUUAAAAUGAUACAAAUAAAAAUAUAUAUGUAUUUA